CAGCUCCGAGUUGACUGUAAAACCUCCUGUGUGAAGGAGGGGGGGCGGGAGGUUCAAUCCUCCCGAUUGAUUAUUGAUCUGGAGUCUCGACGGUCGUAAAUUAUUACAUUGUCAGAAUUUGACUUUUUAUUGUUUUUUUUUUUUUUAAUUUUAUUUAUUUAUUGAUUCCUCUUAGUUUAUGGUUUACGUUAACACUCCAGGAGGGCAGAAAUGGCGGCCAACAUGUACCGGGUCGGAGAUUAUGUCUUUUUUGAGAACUCCUCCAGCAACCCUUACUUGAUCCGCCGGAUAGAAGAACUCAAUAAGACGGCCAGUGGCAACGUGGAGGCCAAAGUGGUUUGCUUCUACAGAAGGAGAGACAUCUCCCACAGUCUCAUCCAGCUCGCAGACAAACAUGCAAAGGAGCUGGAAGAGGAGAAGGAGAAUCCGACAGAAACAGAGCUGACAGAAAAACAAAAACACCAGCUACGCCACAGAGAGCUUUUCCUCUCCCGACAGUAUGAAAGUCUACCUGCAACACACAUCAGGGGCAAGUGCAGCGUGGCUUUAUUAAAUGAAACUGAAGCCGUACUUUCGUACCUCGAUAAAGAGGAUACCUUCUUUUAUUCCCUGGUGUAUGACCCGACACAGAAGACCCUUCUUGCUGAUAAGGGAGAGAUCAGAGUGGGGCCGCGCUUUCAGGCAGACGUACCUGAAAUGCUACAAGAAGGAGACGCAGGCGACAGGGACCAGUCCAAACUAGAAGAGAAGCUGUGGGAUCCAGAGUGUCCACUCACCAACAAACAGAUAGACCAAUUCCUAGUGGUGGCACGGGCUGUUGGGACAUUUGCUCGAGCCCUGGACUGCAGCAGUUCAGUGAGACAGCCUAGCUUACAUAUGAGUGCAGCUGCUGCCUCCCGAGAUAUUACACUGUUCCAUGCGAUGGACACGCUGCAUCGUCAUAAUUACGACCUGUCCAGCGCGCUGAGCGUGCUGGUCCCAGCGGGCGGCCCGGUUCUCUGCAGGGAUGAGAUGGAGGAGUGGAGUGCCUCGGAGGCCGCCAUGUUUGAAGAGGCACUAGAGAAAUACGGAAAGGACUUCAACGAUAUUCGACAAGACUUUCUGCCAUGGAAGUCUUUGACCAGCGUUAUAGAGUACUACUACAUGUGGAAGACCACAGACAGAUAUGUGCAACAGAAGAGACUGAAGGCAGCAGAGGCAGAGAGCAAACUGAAGCAAGUUUAUAUUCCCACUUAUAAUAAACCCAAUCCCAACCAGAUCUCAAUGACCAAUGGCAAAAUGGCAACAGUGAAUGGGGCGGGGCCUGGGGCCUUUCAUGCAGUCGGUGGUGGCAGAGCCUGUGAAAGCUGCUACACUAUGCAGUCAGCUCAGUGGUACUCAUGGGGGCCUCCGAACAUGCAGUGCCGCCUGUGUGUUUCCUGCUGGAUGUACUGGAAGAAGUAUGGUGGCCUGAAGAUGCCAAGCAGAGCCGAGGCUCCAGAAGAAAGGACCUCCCCCAGUCCUGCAAGCAAUGAGUCUCGCUCACGAACACACGGCCCUCGCCAGUCCAACCACAUGGUGCCGAUGCGCAACAGUGGCAGCCCCAAGUCCUCCAUGAAGACCAAGCAGGCUUUCCUGGUACAGGCCACCCGCCACAGCAAGCUGGUGCGGCACACGUGCCGCGACACCAUCAGGCUGCGCCGUGCCGCGCGCCGGCCCUUUGUCCCAAUUAACUAUGGGGCCAUAAAGGCAGAGUAUAUGUUAAGGGUGUCAGAAGGGCAGGGGACUCGACUACCAAAAACCAGAGCCGCCCCGAGGAGCACUCUGACCAGUGUUCUGCAGUUUCUAGAAUCUCGCCCGGUGCCCCACACCUCGCGUUCUCACCGCACUCCGGGCCUGCAGACCCCUCCGCCCCGCCGCCUCCUCUCUUCUCUCCCGCACGGGCCGCACGGCAUGCUGGGAAAACGCAACUACCAUCACCACAGCAGGGCCGAGCCGGAGAGGCGUUCAGAGAACCCAGGUUCAACAGGUGGCCCCCUCCUGCACAACGGACGCAACAGCACUAGUGGGAACACCCGGGGUGGAGUGAUGAUCCGAAAGAGACGCCCCAACUGGAUCGAUGCUCCCGAUGAUAGCUUCUUCCUAGUCACUCGGGAGACCAGGAGGGCCAGACGACUGCUGUCACGGUCACAGCUCAGACGCGCCUGCCGGCAGCCCUGUGAGCAAAUCACUCUGCGCCGGAUCUCCCAGGCCCCUCCACAGGGGCUUGUCCUGGCUCCUCCACAUCCACACCCGAGCCUGAGGAUGCGGGGCCCUAUUGUCAUUCACGACUGAGGGACCACAGCUACUGACAGACACACUGACAAGCAAAUUGUCACACAGAACCCCACCACCCAUUCUUUCAUUAAACCCUCAGACCCUCCUUUGCUCUUACUGCUUGAAGACGUACCGUUUUGAUCCUUGCUGCCAUCUACCCAGCUGUCUAACUCUGGCAAAAGGAUGUGAUGAGCCGUGAUGCAACACAAAUGCACACUUGAGGGCAGGUUGUACCUGUUUGUUCACUCUUGAAUCCCUGAGAGUGUUCCUGUGUGUAUAUACAUGUGCACAUGUGACUGAAUGACAGAGAGGCUGUAUGUUUGAUUAAGCUAGCAACAUGAGCGAAAGGCAGUGUUGAUGUGGGCUUCUCUUUAAUUUUUUUCUUUCUUUCUUUCUUUCUUUUUUUUUUUUUGAAUGGACAUGAGGACAGAAUUUUGUGUGACAUUUGUGUUGAUGGUGAAUUGUGGAGUUUUACCCAUUUGUAUAAAGUUAUUUUGGGUUGGGGCAUUAGGCUGGAUUGCAAUGGGAGGGGGUGUAAUGUGUAAAGCGGGCUACAUACUUCAUACGAUGGACAUUUUGGAUUAUCAAAGUCAAUGUUUCGAUAUUAAAAACGAAGAGAAGAGCACCCGCUAAAUUUCUUAACAUUCCGACUCCUAAAACUGUGCCAGUCUUGUGUGUCGUCGGCCAGAUUUAUGUCUCCAGGCCAGUCAUAUUUGGUCAUGAUAAUGAGAAACGUGCUAAGUGUGUACCCAUUAUCAUCAUGAAAUCUAACCCUGGUCAUGAAGACAGACUCUUUAAUCCUACCACUGAGUGCAGGGCACUCAAAAGAUACCUAGUCAUUGAUGUAUUUCCAACCUGGUGCUUGUACAAACUCACUCAGAUUAAAUAUGUAUUCACCUUAAUGGUGUUUUUGACGUGACAUACAAACUCAAAAUUUCCAGUUUUAUAGCAUGAAAAAAAAUCUAAUCAUCAUCAGGAGUUUGAAUACUGACUGAGAAACUCUGGUGUUAGUUCUGAACCCAAGUAGGCUCCGAUUUCAAUUUCAACAUGGUUGUUUUGUGGCAUGAACAUUAAUAAAGUAACAUUUAUUUUCUUUUAAA